AUGAUUUUACUAAGAAACGCUGAAGACUUUGAUGUGGUAGUUCUAAUCACUCAAGUCCUGACCAAGCCUGCAGGCGUUAGUAUACCCCCACGAGCGGUGCUUCGGCGUUUCUUUGUACCUUCAAACAAAUCAUCUUCCUUGUCUUCAUCCGGAUCGUCAUUUAAUUCGUUCCACCAAAAAUUCGGCUGUUUGGAGUCCUUUAAACCGAAUGCAAAGUACACCUUCUUGUUGGCGGAUACAGGGGAAACGCUGCUUCAUCGUGGAAUUAGGUUGCCUGUCUUCGCUCUUUCUGGACCCUCGUUGACCUUCAGCGAAAAGCAACAUUUGUGUGAUCAGGUGCAAAGAUUUUUUGGAGAUUUAAGUUAUCAAAUUGCCGAACGGUCGGUUCUGUGUGCUAUAGACGCCCCACAAAUGAAUAAAUUUGAGCUCCAAACUCUUCCCUUCGGCGAGAACUUCAACGCAACGUGUGUGGCGGAUGGGGAUCCGCUGCCACAGGUCAUGUGGUACAAAGACAAUUACCCCGUUGACAUCGCCACGAAUGGUCGCAAUGUCAGAGUGGAAGUCGUUCAAGUUAACAAUCAUGUUCGAGAAGCAAUCCUGGAAAUAGAUAAUCUCGUUCUCUUGGACAAUGGCGAUUACAUUUGCAGAGCGAAAAACCCUCUUGGCACCACACAAUCACUUCUCCAGCUACGAGUGACAACGGCUGGCGUUUCGCUGACCGACCAGGAGCUUGCCAUGGUCUUUUCGACGGUGUCCGCGGGAAGUGUGAACACCCUUUGGUUGCAAAUACUCUUCCAAUUCGUCUUCAUCGCUCUCUUCGGACUGAUCGUGGUUGGAAUUAUCCUUGUCUUUCGGCGCAAAGAUCGACGUGCAAAACAAAAGCGCAAAAUAAUGCGUGGGAAUGAGGUUCUCCUCAAGUCACAGUAUGUUCAAGUGAACACCUUUGAACCGCCCCCACCACCGAUCAAUUCGUCCCUUUCCACAAACCGACAGCCUCACUACCAGAAGGCCAACUUUUUCACCUCUGCGAUGCCACAAACACCGAACUAUGCACGCCUCGCCACUAAUGAAUUCAACCUUGACGUCUACAGCGACAUGAGAAACGAAAAAUCCCUUGAAGGGUCAACGACUCCGGAUCGUCCGCGACUUGCAGCAAUGCAACAGCCACAGCUCGUUAAUCUCUCCAGAAGCCCGCUAGAACCAAUCGAAGAGCAGGACAUUGACGUGUCAAGCAACUUCCUCUCUCCCACUCGGGAGAAUCCCAACUUCUUGUAG